AUGGCUUCAUUAUCUGUGCAGUGUACGGCCCCCAACGGCCGUGUCUGGACCCAGCCCACUGGUCUUUUCAUCAACAAUCAAUGGGUGAAGUCGUCAACAGGCGAAACGAUUGCCAGCAUCAACCCUGCAAAUGCCAACGAGAUCACCUCCGUCUACGCGGCUUCCGAGCAGGAUGUGGACACCGCUGUGAAGGCUGCACGCGCCGCACUCAACAACCCAACCUGGAGAGAUCUCCCUGGAGUUGAGCGCGGUAAGUUGAUGAACCGCCUGGCGCAGCUCAUCGAAGAUAACCGCGAGACCCUUGCGACGAUCGAGACCUGUGACAACGGAAAGCCUUAUACCGUUUCGCGCGACGAUGACCUGACUGAGACUGCCGAAACCAUCCGCUACUACAGCGGAUAUGCCGACAAGAUCUUCGGACAGGUUAUCGGUACUACCCCAGACAAGUUUGCCUACACUGUGCGCGAGCCAGUCGGUGUUUGCGGCCAGAUCAUCCCAUGGAACUUCCCUCUCUCCAUGGCGGCCUGGAAGCUUGGACCUGCUCUUGCUUGCGGCAACACUGUCGUCCUGAAGCCUGCCGAGCAGACCCCUCUCUCAAUCCUGUUCUUCGCCAAUCUCGUCGUGGAAGCUGGCUUCCCUCCCGGUGUUGUGAAUAUUGUUAACGGUCACGGUGCCGUUGCUGGUGCGGCCCUCGCUUCGCAUCUGGAUGUGGACAAAAUCGCAUUUACCGGUAGCACCGCUACCGCCAAGCACAUCAUGAAGAUGGCUAGUGUGAACCUGAAAAACAUCACUUUGGAAACCGGUGGUAAGAGUCCUCUGGUCGUCUUCAAUGAUGCGGAUCUCGAGCAGGCCGUCGAAUGGGCACACAUCGGAAUCAUGUACAACCAAGGCCAAAUCUGCACAGCGACCUCUCGAAUCCUCGUCCAGGAUAAGAUCUACGACAAGUUCCUGGCAGCCUUCAAGGCUCAGAUCAAGAAUGUCUCCAAGGUCGGCGAUCCCUUCGAUGAGGCUACCUUCCAGGGCCCUCAGGUGACCCAAGCUCAAUACGAGCGCAUCAUGUCAUACGUUGAUAUUGGCAAGUCGGAGAAUGCUACUCUUGCAGUUGGCGGCAAGCCCUUCAAGGGAGUUGGCAAUGGCAAGGGCUUCUUCUUCGAACCAACUGUCUUCACGGACGUUGAUCCCAAGAUGCGCAUCUAUCAAGAGGAGGUCUUCGGUCCUUUCUGCGUUAUUACCCGCUUCAGCACUGAGGACGAGGCUGUUCAGAUGGCCAAUGAUACUACCUAUGGCCUGGGCAGCGCCAUCUUCACCACCAAUCUCACUCGGGCUCACCGUGUCGCAAAGCAGAUCCAGGCUGGUAUGGUAUGGAUCAAUUCCAGCAAUGAUAGUGACUGGCGCAUUCCGUUCGGUGGUAUUAAGCAGAGUGGUAUUGGCCGCGAACUGGGUGAGGCUGGCCUGGAUGCCUACUCUUCUGUGAAGGCUAUUCACGUCAAUAUGAAGUCCAAGCUCUAA